UAUACAUAAAAGGGCUUUUCAGCUAUUCACAGGCUCAGAUGAGCUCUCACUAACCAUUCCACUAUGAUUGAAACGCUGAUACCAUUUAUUUUGGUUGCACAUGUACCAAUUGACACAUACGAUGUUUACUACGGAUCACAAUACACAUUCAACUUGUCCAACACAAUGGAAUACAACUUUGGGAAUGUCACCCAACAUGUGAACGUGGUGGCGAAAUUGAAGUGCGGAAAUUCGGGAGCUUACAGUUUAGUUUGCAGCGUGACUGAUGCGUCCAGGCAAUGGUAUCAGGAAACGGGAAUGAAUAGUGCAUAUUCUGAAAAUCCUAGAUACGUGAAAUUUCCGAUUUUCGAUGUUGGCCCUUUCCAAAUUCUGUUUAAAGAUGGGAAAAUUCACAGGGUUUUCGUGGAUGCGACGCAAGCGAAGAACUCGCAGCGCAUUGUAAUCGCGGAAAUCGCGGAGUUGUUGAACAUUUGGUGGACGAAUUUGGAUGAAUCACAGAAGGGAUUGUUAUCAGUGAUUGAUUACAAAUUUCCGAGGAGUGCGCUUGCCGUUUGCCAAUCGAUGAUUAAAUUCACAAAACAGAAGAAAAUUGACAAGCGAAUGGUGAAUUUCAAAAUAAGCAGCGUAGGGAGAAGACUGAAGAUCAAUUCAGGUGUUACAUAUCAUUUCAGAAAGAGCCAAGGUUCACACCUGCCGUGUUCCAAGGGCACCUACUUAUUGUACGAUCGCGAUAAUGUUCAGCCGAUUGUAAUGAACCGAACGCAAAUCAAAGCCAAGUCGUCGUUCAGCCGCAUUAUCAUGUCUGAAGACGAAUUUGUCUCUUUCACUGAGAACGUAGCCAAUUACUGUCCGGAUGAGGUCGCUCAUAAUCAAGGAAAGUGUCAUUACAAUAUUCACCAGAGGAUUAGCUUAACUUUGGACUCGAUUACUAAAGCUACCACCGAUCUACCUACGAUAACUGCUCCUACUGAUGUAUUCAUGAGUCUCGAGUCGACUUUAGUUUCUUUUCUAAUCAUAACUCGAUGAUUUGAGCGAAUGUUGUGCAUUGAAUUGUAAAUUUAUUUUCAAAGCGCAAGUCGCGGAUCAAUUUCACAAAUGUGAAGAGCACACGGAGAGAAAUAUUCAAUAAAAUCUACGCUUUAAUCUUUUCCGUAAUUGCGGAGCGAAAUGUGGCUGUA